AUGACAAUAUCAUGGUCGACAAAGUUGAAAACUGCGACGUCAAUUGUGCGCUUUGGAUUAACAAAGAAUGACCUGUUAACGAUGCAGCAGAGCGAAGAACCGUGUGAGCAGUACAAAUUUUGCUCAUACACCUCACCGUGGCUGCAUCAUGUGACUAUUCCAGGUGAUAAGCUGAAGCCAAACACUCUUUACUUUUACCAAUGCGGCGAUGAAGCUGGUGGGUGGAGUGAUAUAUACACUUUCACGGCGGCUGUAACUGUAGGAAGCGAGACUCCCCAGUUGUUUGGCGUUAUUGGCGAUCUCGGUCAGACCGAGUACUCACAGCAGACCAUUCGCCACCUGUCUGGCUAUCAUUCGAACAUCAGUGCUAUCAUCUGUGCUGGUGAUCUUUCAUAUGCAGACAGUGAUCAGAAUCGAUGGGAUCGAUGGGGAAAUCUUAUGGAGCCAUUGAUUGCUCGCAUACCGUGGAUGAUUGCUGCGGGUAAUCAUGAGGAGGAGCUCCCGUGCCAAGCGAGUGUGAGCGAAUUUGUGGCCUAUCAGACUCGAUUUCGCAUGCCGUUUAGCCAAAUGGAUCAGCUUCAGCGUCACAAUAUGUACUACGGAUUUCGGGUCGGUCUUGUGCACUUAAUAGUCCUGACGCCGUAUGUCGACUCAACUCCCACGUCACUACAGUACAAAUGGGUACAGAAAGAACUUUCACGUGUUGAUCGUAGCGUCACUCCAUGGUUAAUUGUAAUCAUGCAUGGACCAUGGUAUAACAGCAACACUGCGCACCAGGGCAUUGAGCCGCACACAAUCAUGAAGAAGCACAUGGAGGACAUUCUGUACCAUCAUAAAGUGGACGUAGUGGUGGCAGGACACGUUCAUGCCUAUGAACGCAGUCACUCGGUAUAUAAGGAAAAUGUUGUUCAGGACGGACCAAUCUACAUUGUGCUGGGCGAUGCAGGUAACCGUGAAGGUCUAGCACCAAUGUAUUUUGACCCGCAGCCGAAAUGGUCAGCUUUCCGCCAAGCCAAUUAUGGAUUUUUGCUAUUAAAUGUGGCGAACCGCACGCACGCACACAUGCAGUGGUUUGAGGACCGGGCAGAGGGUGAAGCUUUCUUACGCGACAGUGUAGUUUUAACUUCGUCUAAGUAUCGGUCUAGUUAA